AUGGCUUGCUCACGAUGGCUCCUCACCCUUGCCUGCUUGGCGUCUGCCUAUCUUCAGUAUGGCUCAGUACGUGUGACAGUGAUGGAGUCUAGUCUGCAGGUGGUGCAGGGCGACUCGGUCACCUUACCCUGCUCCUUCCUCUCCUGGAUUCCCCUGAUUCGUCUCAGCAUCAUUUGGACUGUGACGCCCUUUUCUGACCCCGACUCACCCACACAGGUGAUAAUGCUUAACCAAGGGCAAGUGGUCGAAAGCCCUGCCUUCACCGGCAGGGUGGAAUUUGCUGCCGUGCCCUGGAGCGCUGAUAUCACCCUGAACGACGCGCGGGUGUCUGAUGCCGGCUUCUACCGUUGUGUGGUGAGCAAUCCUCCAGAGACAGGAGACCCUGGCAUUGGCGAACUGAGCCUCAGUGUGCUGGUGCCCCCAUCCCUGCCUGUGUGCCUGUGGGAAGGGAACACUGAUGUGGGGGGCAGUGUGACUCUGUCUUGCAUAGCGGUAGAGGGGGUCCCCACUCCUCAUAUCAGCUGGGAGAAGCUGGACCCAGACCGGAUCACCCUGCCCGUCAACAUGGAGGGAGAGCUUAUGGGCUCAGUGAAAAUUGUCAACAUGUCCGCACAGAAUGCUGGCGUGUAUCGUUGCUCUGCGAUGAACCUUCUGGGCACUCAGAACUGCUAUGUGAAUCUUCCAGUGUCCACCCCUCCAGACAAUUAUCCAGGUCUCCUGCAGGGGGUGCUAGUGACACUAUCUAUGGCUCUGAUUCUGCUGGCUCUGCUGGUACUGGUACUGUGGCUCCACCGCUUGGCUCAGGAGAGCAAAUGGACGCAUGGCCGCGAGGAGGAGGAGUGCUUCAGUGAGAUCAGACACAUUCCUCCUCUGGUCAAGCGUUCCUUCGUCUAAGUGAUGGGAAACCAUAUGGACUUUGAUUUCGUUUUGAUACUCAUUUCAGUAUCAUGUCUGAAUGACAUCAAGUUUGGUUGUUGGGCUUUUUAUUUGAGGUGUCAGCUGGGGACAUAAAAAGUAAUUAUUUGGUUAAUAUCACAAUG